AUGGCUUCCAAACGGGAGCCGCCCUCGCGCAUCGCGUCGGCAUCGUCCCUCCGCUCCGCCACCGGGACCAGCCUCACGAGGACCCGACAGCCGGCACGAACAUCAAUGCGACCCCCGCUGUCGUCCUCCCGCUUCAACCGCGACGGCGCCGUCUCGCCAGCCGGGUCCGUGGCCUCCGUGGCCACGACGACCACCAAACGCAAGGAGCGCGACUACGACACCGACACGGGCGGCGGCGACCACGGCGAGGAGACCAACAUCCAGGUCGUCGUGCGCUGUCGCGGCCGCAACGAGCGCGAGGUCAGGGAGAACAGCACCGUCGUCGUGUCGGCCGACGCCGCCAAGGGCAAGGACGUCAACCUGUCCAUGGGACCCAACGCCCUGAGCAACAAGACGUACAACUUUGACCGCGCCUUUUCGCCGGCUGCCGACCAGAGCAUGGUCUUUGACGAUGUUGUCAGGCCCAUUCUCGACGAGAUGCUCGCCGGCUUCAACUGCACAAUCUUCGCCUACGGCCAGACCGGCACCGGCAAGACCUACACCAUGUCCGGCGACAUGACCGAAACCAUGGGCCUCCUCUCUGAUGCCGCCGGUAUCAUCCCGAGAGCGCUGCAGGCUCUCUUCAACAAGCUCGACGCCGACGACUGCGAGAGCGCCGUCAAGUGCUCCUUCAUCGAGCUGUACAACGAGGAGCUGCGCGAUCUCAUCGCCGUGGAAGAGGGCGCCAAGCUGAAAAUCUUUGACGACACGUCACGCAAGGGCCACGCCACCACCAUUGUCCAGGGCAUGGAGGAGAAGCACAUCAAGACGGCCGGCGAGGGCAUCAAGGUCCUCCAGGACGGGAGCUUGAAGCGCCAGGUCGCCGCCACAAAGUGCAACGACCUCAGCAGCCGCAGCCACACCGUCUUCACCGUCACGGCCUACGUCAAGCGCAACAACGACGAUGGCGCCGGCGACGACUACGUCAGCGCCGGCAAGCUGAACCUCGUCGACCUCGCCGGCAGCGAGAACAUCCAGCGGUCCGGCGCCGAGAACAAGCGCGCCGCCGAGGCCGGCCUCAUCAACAAGAGCCUCCUCACGCUGGGCCGCGUCAUCAACGCCCUCGUCGACCGCAGCCAGCACAUUCCCUACCGCGAGUCCAAGCUGACGCGCCUGCUGCAGGACUCGCUCGGCGGCCGCACCAAGACGUGCAUCAUCGCCACCGUCUCGCCCGCCAAGAGCAACCUCGAGGAGACCAUCUCCACCCUCGACUACGCCUUCCGCGCCAAGAACAUCCGCAACAAGCCCCAGGUCAACCCGCUGCUCAACAAGAAGAAGCUGCUGCGCGAGUUCCAGACGGAGAUUGAGAAGCUCAAGAGCGAGCUCAUCACGACGCGCCAGCGCAACGGCGUCUACCUCUCCAACGAGUCGUACGAGGAGAUGACGGCCCAGAGCGAGUCGCGACGCAUCGUGCUCGAGGAGCAGGCCGCCAAGAUGGAGACGCUCGAGAUGAACCUCAAGAACAAGGUCCACGAGCUGCUGUCGCUGACCUCCAACUUUAUGGGGCUCAAGAAGGACCACGAGGGCACCAAGGCCCAGCUCGACGACACGAGGGACGUGCUCGACCAGACGGAGCUCGUCCUCGACGCCACGCGCCGGUCGCUCGCCGACGAGACGCACCUGCGCAAGGCCCACCAGGAGACGGAGGGCAGGCUCGCCGAGGUCGGCGGCCGUCUCAUCUCGACCCUCCAAAAGACGGUCGGCGACGUCGACCGCCUGCGCGCCAAGAACAAGCGCAAGUCGGACCUGCAGUCGAUCAACCGCGGCGCCUGGGGCAUGGCGCAGGGCCACGUCGUCGACAUCACCUCGCUCGUGGAGCAGCGCGUGGCGCUCUUGCGCGACGAGCAGCAGGCGCGCGUCUCGGGCAUCGCCGACAUGAUGAAGGCCUUUGUGGCCGAGGAGCUGGACAAGCUGACCUCGACCGAGAGCUUCCUCGAGGGCCACCUGCAGGAGUUUGCCGAGUCGAGGGAGGAGCUGCUCGGCGAGCAGAAAGGAUCCAAGGAAGAGAUGGACAACGUGCUCGAGGAGAUCAAGACGGUGCGCGAUACCGUCAAGGACCAAGUCGGCGAGAGUCUACAGUCCAUCGCCGCGGCGGCCGACAAGAUUGCGGCCGACCUGCACACAUCGUACAGGUCUCUGGGCAAAGACCUGAAGACCAUCUUCGACGACCUUGUCACGCACAUCUCUGCCCAGCGCGCCGAGUCCCUGAGGCUGCGACAGCAACUCGAAGAGGCGACGAGGACCAUCGCCGAGCAAAACGCCGCCAACGCCAGCCGCAUGCAGGAGGUCAUGGAAGGGGAACGCAUACAGGCGGCCGUGGACCGACAGGACCUGCUCGCGCAGAUGACAUCCCUGAUCAACGCGCAAGCCGAGGUGCAAGAGUCGCGACUCGCCGACAAGACGGCCGAGCUGCAGAGAAGCAUCCUCGCGUCCAACACUACGCUCGAGAAGGAUGUUGCCGCCUACGGAGAGGGUAUGGACGCGUGGAACAGCAAGGAGGACGAGCUCCUGGAGACAGUCACCAACUCGAAGGAAGCCAUGAAGACGAAGCUGAAGGAGGACUGGAACGCCGCUGAAGAACACAGUUCAUCCAUCCAGGGCACCACCGAGUCGGUCAACGCCGAGACGAUGCGCGUGGUUGACGAGCAGCUGGAGAACCUUGACGUGCAGAUGAAAGCCUUGGACGACUUUGUCACCCACGCCCGCGACGAGAACGCCUCUCACCACGAGAAGCACGCAGAGUCUGUGCAGAAGCUUUCCGAGACUGUCGGACAGUCGUUCGAAGAGAUCGCAUCGCACUGCGCGACUACGUUUGACCGUGUCCAGGACUUGGGAAGCAAGCUGGAAUCGCAGACCGAGGAGGCUAGACAAGGUCUCGCGCCCAUCGGAGAAGACAUCUGCCAGCCCCUGGCUGCGCUGCGGGACGAGAUAUCGACCACGGUCAUCCAGGAGUACCAACCUACCGGCGACACCCCUAUGAAGAUGCACUACCACUUCCCGACCGAUCUGCCCAAGACCAAGGCGCACGAGAAGCUUCUCAACGACCUGCACGGCGUCUCCGCCUCGCCCAUCAAGUCCAGCACCAUCCCCACCGUCUUCGCCGACGACGAUGACGAGCCCGACCUCUCGGCUUCGUCGCCACGCCAGACGCGGGCCUCGACGAUGCCGUCCAUCGCGGAGACGGCCCCGACGAACCACACCUUCCCCUUCAGCAUGAGCCUCCGCGAGGUGAACCCUAACCUGACGCAAACCAACCUGACGACGGCGGGCUCGAUGCUGUUCGACCCGGCGGCCGGGGCCGCCGCCAUGAAGGAGGCCGCCGCCGCCGCCGCUGACGGUGGCGACGCCGCGACCGGGCUGCUGCCCUUCAAGUACAGCACGUCGCGGCAGCAGAGCAAGAUUGGCCGCAAGACGGUCGCGGGGCCGCUCGAGGGGCGGGAGAACGUGCCGCUGCCCGUCGCGGCGUUCUCGCAGAGCCUCGGGCCGCGGCGGAAGAGCCCGAGACUGAACUGAGCGUCUUUCGCCCUGCUUUUUUGUUGAGACAGCGAGGCGUUUUGGGGGUCUGGAUAUGCGUCACCUGCGGACCAAAUAUAGCCGGGUGCGCUUCGUGCUGGAUAUGGUCCCGGUCUGAUUCACGGUCGAGGCACGAUGGCACGUGAGGGUCU